AUGGUACUUGAAUCAGAUAAAGACAUGGAGUUUUCAACUUAUGGUGAUAAGUUGAAAGGUUCAAAGUAUAAAAGGUGGACUCCUGAAAUGGAUAAACUAUUAAUCAAACUUUUACAUGAUAUCGUUCAUUCUUUUGCUAAAGAUGAUCAUCCACAAAUGACUAAGAGGAGUUGGCAUUAUAUUUCCAAUGAACUUCGAGCUGCUAACCCUCAAACUGUUUAUUCAACUUUCACUAAAUAUUCGUGUCAACAGCAUUUAUAUAACGUUAUACAUGCCAGGUAUAGGAUGUGGUGUGUUUUGUUGAUGUUUAGUAAGAAGAAUCGUAAUGAUAGUAAUGGUUAUUCAUAUAAAUGGAACCCUAAUCUGGGAAAUUUCCAAAUCAUCGAUGAAACGAGAGAUCAAGUGAUUGUUGAUACUACCAUAAUCAAAUCCAUUAUGUAUUCUAAUCGAUUGUCUUUACCAAAUUUAUCUCAAUUUCAUAAGGGGAACAUUGUAGUGAAUGAUUUCUUCCUUUCUGAUACUUUUAGUUUCAUCUCAGAAUAUCAUAAUGAAAUAUUACCCAUGAUGAUUAAACUUGAUCCUCGAUAUUCUAUAGGAUUAGAGAAUGUUUAUAAUGAUAUUCCAAGAUUCGAUUAUGAUGGUUUUAAGAAACCUUAUAUGGUACCUUUACAUCCGAAAAAUGCUAAACCUAAAGCCCUUAGAAAAUCAAAACCAGCUGAUCAUGUUUUAGUAAAACUACCUGAAGAAUCCAAUUCUUCUAAUAUCCUUAUCCAAUCACCUCAACAAUCACCCGAUCAAUCAAUGGCUCCUCAAACUCAUCAAAAUCUUCAAAUAAGUCAAAGUCAUAAUAGUCCAACUCAAGCAUCUCAAAUCCAUUCCAACCCUCCUCAACAAACAACUCCAGCAAUACCUCAAUUAGUUCAUAUCCCUCGAAACUCAAUCGAUACUCAUAAUCCUGAAACUCCGGUCCAUCAAAGAAUGGGCGAUGAAAUGUAUUAUAAUCCUAAUGUUAAUCGAAUUCCUGUUAAUAAUCUUACUCAACAACAAUUAUCCCAGUUUUAUCAACAACAGUAUAUGCUUCAGCAAUUGACUCAUCAACAAAUCCAAUAUAAUCAAAUGCAUCAAGAUGAAGAUAAAAGAAGAGAUAUCGAAUAUGAAAAUGAUUUGAACUAUCAAGUUCAACCACUUCAACAACCUUCAAUCCCUCAAGCUACAGCUGAAAAUUAUGCUAAGGAUAGGAAAUGGUUUACCAAAUUGAUCUUUCUUCAAGAGAAAAAUUUGUUAUCAAUCAAUGAAGUUUUGACAAUCUGUGAAGGUGUAAGAGAUGGUAAAAUUCCUUUGGCAAUGUUGAAUAUCCUUGAUCCUGGGUAUAAUCGUGAAGAACAAGCAGAAUCAGAAUUAAAAGAUGAAGAGAUGUCAAGAAGAGUUAGAGAUUAUAUGCUUCCCAUGACUUAUAUGAGGCUGUAA